UCUCAUGACGCAAAAUGAGCAGAACACCGGAAGAGGUGUGUGCGCGCCUUUCGCUGUCAAUGCAAACGAAAGAGAAGAGUCACAGCUAAACCCCUCAUUAAAGACAAGAUGUCAGGACUGCCCCGUAGGAUCAUUAAGGAGACUCAGCGCUUGAUGGCGGAGCCUGUCCCAGGCAUCAAGGCGGAGCCUGACGAAGGUAACGCCCGCUACUUCCAUGUGGUCAUCGCCGGGCCCCAGGACUCGCCCUUUGAAGGCGGCACGUUUAAACUCGAACUCUUUCUUCCCGAGGAAUACCCCAUGGCAGCUCCAAAAGUACGCUUUAUGACCAAAAUAUACCACCCCAACGUAGACAAGCUGGGAAGAAUAUGUCUAGACAUAUUGAAAGAUAAAUGGUCUCCAGCCUUACAGAUCCGCACAGUCCUGCUAUCAAUCCAGGCAUUACUAAGCGCUCCUAACCCUGAUGAUCCUCUAGCGAAUGACGUUGCGGAGCAGUGGAAAUCCAAUGAAGCUCAAGCCAUAGAGACAGCCCGGACAUGGACCAGGCUUUACGCUCAGAACAACAUAGAAGUGUAGAAAAGGUGAAAAAAGCGGAGAGAAACCAAGCGGGAAGUCAGUGUGAACACACAUUCCUCAUCUUCUGCCAAGACCUCUUCUUCUACCUAAUUCAUGUGCAUUUAAAGGACACCAUAUUGGAGGGGGGGGUGUAAUAAAAAAAAAAAGUGAAAAAAAGACCAGUGAAUUUGAUAUAAAUGCUCAUAAGAGAAAUUGAAAAGCCUGACUUGUCGUCUUUGUCAUAAUUCACUACUGUUCAGAUGCAUCGGCAGAUCUGACUCACCACCUGGUUCUUUUUCCAUUCAUUUUGGAGGAAACCAGCAACAUCCGCUUUAAUGAGCUUCGUACAAAAAAAUAUAUUAAGAAAUAAGUGUCUAUCCCAUGCCUGUUUCAUGGGGGAGGGUAAGAUUUAUUGUCCAAGAUUUGCCUAACUUUUUACUUUUCUUUUAACUUUGUUGUCGCUCGUGAUGCUGGUUGUUUAUUGAAAGCAGCUGAUUAACCCCAGGUAGACACACCCUUUGAGACAGACUAUAGAUGGACUCAUUCCUCUAUAGAAGGCCUACUAGCAAAACAACAACCUAGCUCCUGCUAAACCACAUCUCUGACUUGAACAUUAAAUACAAGUAACAAUAUAAU